UCGUUCUGUGUUGACUUGGCCUUCUCAAUUACUUCCAUUACCAUGUUGUUGGGCUAGAUAAACCCUGUUUAGCAUUGGGUAUUCAUUCUUCCUUCACGUUAGCAAGAGUUGUGUUGAUUUUUCAUCUGGGUGGUCUUAGUUUCUCCAAAUUAGCUCCAGUUCAUGCUAAUUCAAAGCAAAAUUCCAUCUGGGUAUUGUUAGUCUUUCUCUAAGUUAGUUCAAAUUCAUGCUAAUUCAACAUAAUCUCCAUUCCUAGUUUUGUUUUCGUUUCUAAACUUUCUUCAAGUUCAUGCUAGUUUAACACACCAAUCCCUCUCUGGGUGUCGUCGAUUUCCUUCAACUCGUUCCAUUUCCUACCAUGGAAAUAAAAAUUAGGAAAACAAUCAAAUCUCUAGUUCAAUUCCUGAUGUUAUUUGUGAUCGUUAAUGGAGUCGAAUCAAGUUGUAAAGGUGAAUGUGUUGCUUUGGCUUCAUACACCGUGCGGAGUCCUUCAAAUCUAACAUACGUAUCCCAAUUAUUUUCCAGAACAAUCCCAGAAAUUCGAAGUUAUAACCCCAACCUCACAAAUCCAGACGUAAUUCAUGAUGGUACAAGAGUAAAUGUACCCUUUUCGUGUAGCUGUAAUGAUCGAGGUUUUCUGAGCCAUCGGUUUCUUUAUAAUGCUAGUUCAGGGGAUGCCUACUCAAGAAUUGCAGGGAUUUAUUAUUCGAACCUCACCACUGUAAAUAUGUUGAGGGAUUUCAAUACCUAUGAUGCAUUACGUAUACCUUUAGGUAGUCAAGUAAAUGUCAUGGUGAAUUGUUCUUGUGGGAAUAAUCGUGUCUCUAAGGAUUACGGAUUGUUCAUCACCUAUCCUAUUCAAAGCGGUGAGAGUUUGUCCACAAUUGCUAAUGGAACUGGGGUGAAUGAAAUUUUGUUGAGGGAUUACAAUCCGGGAUCGAAUUUCAGUAAUGGUGAGUUGGUGUUCAUCCCUGGAAGAGGUAAGAAGAGUUGUUAUGUUCCAAAUCAUGCAUUCUUUCAUGUCUGAUUCUUGCUUCUCAUAUUUGACAAGGUUACUUAUAAGAGGCUGCUUGGUUGGUUUUCCAUUAAGGGGUUGUGCGGUUGGUUUACCAUUGAGUCCCGGAUGCGUAAAGUUGUCAUUAUAGAUCUAGCUAAUUUGUUGUUCGGUUGUUGUGCUGAAUAAAAUGUAGAAAAUCAUGUAUGGAUUAAGGUGUCUGUAUGAAUUAAGUUGAAUCUUUGCCAUCAUAGCUGUAGA